CUCGUUCGGUAGCGAUCCUCCCAACGCCUCGGUCCGAGAGGGGAGGCUUUGGGCUAGGCGUGCGUGUGUCGUUUUAUCCUGAAUUCAUUGCGCCAUGAACUUUUUUUCCCCGAAAAUCAUCCCAAACCGACGAGCGCGGUGAUGUAUUUUGCAGAAUUCGCCUAAAAUUAGCACAAAACAACGACAACGAGCUGGAAAACACCGAAUGUUUAUGAAAGCCCCAUCAACACACUCGAGGACACCACUGGUUUGAUUCAUGCAAAACGUAGUUUUCGUUUUUAAUAAGCUGAAGUAGCUGACGAACUAACACACUCCGGCCACCGAGUCCGCGUGACGUUUCUGCGAUUAUUUAUUGUUAAACCUUCUAUAAACUAAAUGUGCACGAAAUAAAGUGGCUUUUAUAUUGCGGGUCAUAUUCACACAUUUCAAGACGUGUUGGUGUCAUGCAUGAGCUAUAGAUCUAAACGAGUAAAACGUUAGAGUAAUUAACCAGCAGCUCCUAUGCUGAGAGAUCUGAGAGAAGAGCUCGGAUGUUAGGAAAGUUGCCAACGACCCAAAGUCCAGUUUUACCGACCAGAACCCACCGCUACCGUGGCUGCUGCUGAGAUGCGAAAAAUACAGAAUAGCAGAUUGAUUGUCCUGGACGUUAAUACUUUUUUUUUUUACACCUAUGCAUGACGUCAGACUUUAAGGUGGAGUCGCUCUUACAUGCUACCUGUUAAAUACGACUCCUGCAGGGUAGAUGGAGAGCUGCAGCUCUUUGGACACGCCCCCCUCGCCUCUGAUUGGCUGCAGACUGCUGCCUCCUUCCCCUCUUUCAUUGGUAUUCAGGUAGUACAGUCUUUGUGGAGGACAGAGGGGCGAGAGAGGGCGAGAGGGAGAGAUUUACAGUGGUAAAGGCGAUACAAGCUUAACAAGACGGGCGAGCGGAGAGGGACAGACGGGGCGAGGGAAAAAGAGACAAAAAGUGGACCGACUGCAAGCUAAUGGUGAUUUUGAGGUGGAUAGAAGCGGGUGAGAAAGUGCCAUAAGGGUCUGUGGAUUCUGGACGGCGAGUGGGACUUUUGGUUUUUACCCAGCUGGAAUCAUCCAAACCCUGGACUGACGGCUCUGCUGUCUUCCCUCGCUGGAGGACGUCCUGCGGAUACACUACUGGCCUUCACUAGCGCGCCUGCGAGGGGUCCCUCUCCCCGUUGGGGAGGUGUGCCACGCAGACGGACGGACGGACCGCUGGCGUGUGUGUGUGUACGUGUCUCUGCGUGCCAUUUCCCCCUAUGUCCUUCUUUUUGUGGCUGUGUGCACACCAGGGCCCAGUAUAUGGAUAGAAGCUCUCUGUUUCAGCUCAUACAAGAGCAGCUGGACCCAGAGCAGACUGGUUUCAUAGCAGUGGAGAACUUCACCAGUCUAGCGGAGCACCAUGAGUUACAGCUGGACCCCAGUAAACUGGAGAUGCUGCUGGCGCUGGUCCAGAGCAACGAACACGGAGACGUCUGCUACCAGGAGCUCAUAGAACUGCUGAACAGUAAACGUUCCAGUAGUUUCCGCCGAGCCAUUGCAAAUGGGCGUCGCACUCUGCAGCGAGAGAUCCUAUUGGAUGAGACGGGGCUGGGCGUGUACAAGCGCUUCGUGCGCUACGUGGCCUAUGAGAUCCUGCCAUGUGAGACGGACCGCCGCUGGUACUUCCAUCAGACCAAACUCUGCCCUCCUCCCGUCUUCAUGGCCAUCCUCACCGUUGUACAGAUCAUAGUGUUUAUGUGUUACGGCGUGAUGCUCAAUAAAUGGGUGUUGCAAACCUACCAGCCGGAUUUCAUGAAGAGCCCGCUGGUGUAUCAUCCCGGACACCGUGCACAAAUCUGGAGGUUCUUCAGCUAUAUGUUCAUGCAUGUUGGGUUAGAGCAGUUGGGUUUCAACGCUCUUCUCCAGCUGAUGAUUGGAGUUCCUCUGGAGAUGGUUCAUGGGAUCCUGAGGAUCAGUCUGCUGUAUAUGGCAGGAGUCAUCGCUGGUUCUCUGACGGUGUCCAUCACAGAUAUGCGUGCUCCGGUGGUGGGCGGGUCCGGCGGGGUCUAUGCGCUCUGCUCAGCACAUCUCGCCAACGUUGUAAUGAACUGGGCCGGUAUGAAGUGUCCAUACAAAUUGUUACGUAUGGUUCUUGCACUUGUUUGCAUGAGUUCAGAGGUGGGCCGUGCCGUAUGGCUGCGCUUCUCCCCGCCCCUCCCCUCCUCCGGACCGCAGCCCAGUUUCAUGGCUCAUCUGUCGGGCGCAGUGGUGGGCAUCAGCAUGGGGCUUCUGAUCCUGCGGAGCUAUGAGGAGUCUCUGCAUAAACAGUGCUCCUGGUGGGUCCUCAUCUUCUCCUUCAUCACCUUCCUCCUCUUCGCCAUCUUCUGGAACAUUUUCGCUUACGAGCUGCUGGGGGUACAGAUCCCGCCCCCUCCCUGAUGACACGCCCCCUGUGGUGGCACCAAGAAGCCACGCCCCCCUGUCCGACACAGGUCCGACCUCAAUCGUCUCUGCUCGACCAGCAGCAGAGAAACGGACAUAAAAACCGUAAGGAAGGAUUUCAGCGGUGGGAAACGAUAACACAUACUCACAUUCCAUAUAGAAGCAGCGAACAUAAACACCGUGGUGUUUUUAACAAACGCUCGGAGGCGUGCUUAUGUGUACAGACCACCUAGAAACUAGAAACAUGUACACACACAUACACACAUGUACAUCAGAUUCGUUGUGUAUUUCAGCCCGAGGCUCGCUCAUGAUGCCUUUCUGUAUUGUUUUGACUUGGCAGCCUCAUCUACGCCUGUUAUUCAUUACAGAUAGCUUUGGAAGCUGUUUGUUUUUGGAUAAUUACGGAUUUGGUGAAAUGAGGUAAAACUUGUUUCAAAAGGAUGUUUCUGAAGCUGUUUCUUGCUGUAUUUUGUUCACAGAAACAUUAGCUCUGUUCCAAAUCAUAGUGGGCUUUCUGUGAAAGCAGCAUGUUAUAGGCGUGCGUUAUGUUGCCUUCUAAGAUAACUACUUUUUGCUAAAUGUGAAUUUUCAUAAAAAAAAAAAAAAAAAGAAAUCCAUAAAGAUCUAAAAAAGAAAUUAAUAUACACCCUGUUCAAAAGGUUUUGGUUGCAUCUUAUUUGAUAAAAAUAUAGUAAAAUAUUAAAUAUUAUUACAAUUUAAAAAAACUAUUUUCUAUUUGAAUAUAUUUUAAAAUGUAAUUUAUUCCCUUGAUGCACAGCUGAAUUUUCAUUCUAAUAUGAUGAUUUGCUGCUCAAGAAACAUUUCUGAUUAUUAGCAAUGUUGUAAACACUUUUUGCAGCCUAUUAUUUCUCUGGAAACCAUCAUACAGUUUUUUAAUCAAGAUUUUUCAUGGAUAGAAAACCGCAUUUAUUCAACUUUUUAAAUUAUUUUACAAUUAUUUUUCAUCAAUCUAAUGCAUUUUUUCUGAGCAGUUUUAAUUUAACUUCAUUUUACUAGUUACCUAUAAUGCCGGACUAAAGUAUUUGAAAUCAAGUGCAGCAUUGGACCACAAAACCAGUCUUAAGUGUCAUAAACAAAUAAAUAAACUUCCCAUUUAUGUACGGUUUUUUAGGAUCAGACAAUAUUUGGUCAAGUUACAACAAAAAAGUGCAAAUAUUGAGAAAAUCACCUUUAAAGUGUCCAAAUGAAAUUCUCAGCUAUGCAUAUUACAAAUAAAAAAAAUUUUUUUAUAUUUAUUUACGGUAGGAAAUUUCUAAAAUAUCUUCAUGGAACAUAAUCUUCACUUAAUAUCCUAAUGAUUUUUGGAAAUUUUGGCUACAAAUAUACCCCAGAGACCAGGCAAUCUUUCAUUCUCCGCUGAUUUAAUAAAGGGCAUAAUGAUGCACAAAGCAUGAUUUCAAUGCAUUUUACUCAUAUUUCUUUCUUAACACUGCAUUUGUAAUUUAAGUAACAUCAUUUUAUUGACAAUAGCUACUGUAAUCAAAUUACAUCAAUUCAAAAUGUAAUGCAUUAUAUUGCUGCGUUAUGUAAGUGUAAUUUGAGUACAGUAACGUGUUAUACCCAAACUCUGCUGGUGAACAACAAGAGAGCGCACUUGGUAUGGAACAGAGUGAAUGUCUGACCCUUGACCUUUGAUAAUAUAUCUAAUAACACAAGCUAGUGAGAGAGUCAAUAUCUCUGUGCCGUACACUAAUGAUAUCUUCAGUAUUGCUGUGCAGAUUACAGUUAUUACGGUAACUGCACUAACAUCAUUAAAGAUGCUUUCGACAUCAA